AUGAAUGAGAUGACAAAAGCUCUCGCAAUAUUUUGCGUUUUCGCCUUGUUAGGGUUAAGUAAAGCCAAUAUUCAGACAGACAAGCUUUUUGAGUUGAUAAAAUCAAAAAGAUCAGCUGUUCCUAACACAUGGACUGUUUCAGAUGAGUAUACUCCAGUAUACAUUGCACCUCAAGACGGUUUGGCACAGGUGGACAAGAUUUUUGCAUUGCCAGGCCAACCAGAAGGUGUCAGUUAUAAUCAGUACUCGGGGUAUGUAACAGUCAACCCAAAUGCUGGCAGGGCUCUUUUCUAUUAUUUCGUUGAGUCUCCCACUGAUUCCUCAACUAAACCAUUGGUCUUGUGGCUAAAUGGAGGACCUGGAUGUUCUUCCAUGAUCGGAGCCAUGACAGAACUAGGACCGUUCAGAAUCAAUAGCGAUGGGAAAACCCUCUUCAAGAAUGAUUAUGCAUGGAGCAACGUGGCAAAUAUGUUGUUUCUUGAGUCACCUGCCGGAGUUGGUUUCUCAUAUUCAAAUACAACCUCUGAUUAUGAUGAUGCUAGUGACAAGAACACUGCGGGUGAUUCUUACGUGUUUCUUGUUAACUGGCUUGAGAGAUUCCCUCAGUACAAAUCACGUGAUUUCUAUAUAACCGGAGAAAGUUAUGCCGGGCAUUAUGUUCCUCAACUUGCAUACACCAUCCUUCACAACAACAAGAAAACAAACCAGACAAUCAUCAAUAUCAAAGGGAUCGCCAUAGGUAACGCAUGGAUUGAUGAUGAAACAAGUUUGAAAGGACUGUACGAUCAUUGGUGGACUCAUGCGAUAAUUUCAGAUACAACACAUGAUGCCAUCUUCAGAUACUGUGACUUUGCUAGUGGUUCUUUAUCUGAUAUGUGUCACAAUAUUACAGACAAAACUUGGGAAGAUGUCAGAAAGAUUGAUGUAUACAAUAUCUAUGCACCCAUUUGCUUGACCCCUAAUCAAAGAAAUACAUCUGCCAUUCCUGGUUCUAUUAACAAGUAUGAUCCAUGCUCCAGUUAUAUCCUUGAAUUUUAUCUUAAUGACUCCAUGGUGCAAAAUGCAUUGCAUGUGAAACCUACCUCAUGGGACUUAUGCAGUCAUCUUCUCACGACAUGGAACAACCAUCAAGUUACCAUCCUGCCAAUAAUCAAAUAUCUGAUUGGUAACGGGCAACGUCUUUGGGUAUUCAGCGGCGAUGUAGAUGCACGUGUUCCAGUUACUUCCUCUAGGUACUCCAUCAACACUCUCAAUCUUCCUAUCCAGACAGCUUGGCGGCCUUGGUACCACAAUAAUGAGGUUGGAGGGUAUUUAGAGGAAUACAAAGGAUUGCUUUUGAUAACCGUUAGGGGCGCAGGCCAUGCUGUUCCAAGCGACCAGCCACAACGUGCAUUGGCCUUGUUCUCAUCGUUCCUCGAAGGAAUACUCCCAUCUUCCUCAUAGACAUGUUACUGCUUUUUUAAGGUUUUAAUAUACUUUUACUUUUCCCGUGAGCAAGUUUGACAAGAGCUUAGAUUUCAAAUGGUGUCUAAAGCUGACCGGCUUUUUUACUUGUGACUUCUAGCACCUAGCUAAUGUAACGAAUAAUAAUAUGAAAUUCGAGCUCCACAUGAAUUUAA